ACGUCGUGAACAACCGCUUAUACGAAUAUAUAAGCCUCCCUCGUCCGCUCUCAGGGAAUUGAUUUCAUUAUGAAGGAUGGGCCAUGGAUGCUCAACAAGAAGAAAACGCACUAAGCCAACAUGUCACAGCGCAGCGGUUAUCGAUUGGUGGUGUAACUUCAAUGGUGAACGAAGGAUGCUCACGAGAAGCAAACGUAUUAAGCGAACAUGACGGCGCGCAGCGGCUAGUGUCGUCACUAUGAAGGGUGAUCGGUGGGCGCUCACGAGAAGCAAACGUAGCAAUCGAACAUGUCGGCGCGCAGCGGCUGUGCAGUGUCGUUACUGUCAAAGGUGAUAGAUGGAUGCUUAUGAGAAACAACCAUGUACGAGAUUCUGUGGGAGAACAUCGGCCAAAGUGAUGGGUAGUACCGUGUGUGUUCAGCUUUUUUUUUCGUUUCUUGGUGUACCACGAGGGUCUGAAUUCUCGAUAAUCAGUCAACCUGUUUAUAAUAGGUGUGAUGUGUAAUAUAGGGGGUAGCCAGCUCUUAGCGGCGACGAUAAUAGAGAGAGAUCUGAAGACUUCGUUUUCUUUCUUUGGUUAAAUUCCUCGUUGUGCUGUUACUGAUCUCGGCACUAUGUUCGGGUAUUGCGAGAUGAGCGAGGGACCUCCACACAGCGAGCGAUCACCACACAGCAUCUGUGGCGGUUCAGUCGGAGGUUAGGUCAGUGAUAUGAGGGUUGUUGACCGACGACAGCGAGAGUCUCGGAGGAUGAUUGCGUCCGACUGCAUGGCCGGACGAUGGCGAUUGCAAAAGAGAAUGCUGGUCCUAAGCGACAUCUCGAUUGCAAAAGAGAAGAGAAGAGCUCUGCUGCUCUGUCGUCCAGCAGAUGGAGACAGAACGGCUUCAAAGCGGCAUCUCGAUUGCGAAAGAGAAGAAAAGAGGUCUGCUGCUCUGUCGUCGAGCAAGUGGAGACAGAGAUAUUGAUCCUUCGAAGCUUCGAAAAGUGGUUGAGUGUGAAUGUUGCCGUAGCGUUCUGGUUAGGGCUAUAGGAGGGUAGGCAGAGUAGCGGCAGACAAGUAGGCUCCAAUGGAAGUGAAGAUGUGCAAACUUGUGAUUACAAACAGAAAAGAAACGAGGAAGGGGCUAUCCGGGGACCUCUCGGCCUUUGCUAAGUCCUGCACGCAUUGGUAUGGUUGACACAUCUUGCGGUGGUUGACUUGGCUGACAUGUAUGAUGGUGAUUCCAGCCCCUACCUACCGCAGUGGGCCGACCCUAGAGAGGCGUUUUAUCAGCUUCAAAUUGGACGCGCCGAGGUCCGGGCAGAAUUUUUUUGCUAAUUUGGUUCCAGCGGGAUAUGAACUUGUCUGUAUUUCAAUAGUUCAUGGGUUUACCGUAUGUGUGUAUUCAACAGUUCAUCGCUUUGACAUCUGCUUCUGAGUAUGUGUAUUCGACUCCAGAGCUACUUUGUCUCCCGACAGGCUGUUGCCGCAUUCUGCCACUACCGUUGGUAGAGUCGUUCGUUAAUCCGGUUUCACCGCUGCCCUGAUCGCUCUCUGCUUUAUCGUGAUGUGUAUGCAGGACGUCUUCUGCCCGGUCCCUUACCUUCUCCCUAUCCUGGUCUGACAUCGGAGGGGUAUCUUCGAUAAUCUUUUCAUCGCGUCUCCUUUGCUUGAAUGUAUAUUUGUAUGGCCGAAUCUCCCCCUUCCCUCCCAAUAUGAACCAACAAAGAAAAAAGGGAAGA